UCUCUAUCUUCAAGAACCAAGGUGCGCUCUUUCUCUCCUCUAUAACUCGGGCUCCUUUCUCCUUUCUCUCUUUGUAGCACCGACGAGCUUCCUUCGAUCCCAAUGGCGUCGAUUCUCGCCGCAACGUCGUCGGCAGCGUCCGCUGUGCGUCUACCAAUCGUCGCGGCAUCGCCCACCAAGAUCUCCACCAAAUCCCUGUCCCCGGCACCGAUCUCACUCGCCAAGAAGUUUGGUCUGUCCAGCAGCAGAGCUAGAGUAGUCGCCAUGGCCAAGCACAAAGUCACGCUCAAACUCGAGGAUGGCAGCGAGAAAACAUUCCAGUGUCCCGACGACGUCUACAUUCUCGACGAGGCGGAGGAGCAAUCCAUCGACUUGCCAAGCUCCUGCCGUGCCGGCUCCUGCUCUUCGUGUGCAGGAAAGGUCGUCAGCGGCAGCGUGGAUCAAACGGACCAGAACUUCUUGGACGACGAUCAGAUCGGGAAUGGAUUCGUUCUCACUUGCGUUGCGAGGCCAACCAGCGACGUUGUCAUCUUGACCCACCAGGAGGAUAACAUCUAGAGAAGGAAAAGUAAUUUUUUCCUUCCUCUGGCUGUUCGUUCUGGGAGAUCUGUCGUCGCUACUCUUCGCUGUAUGAUUUUACUGUAGCCUUUGCAAAACGAAACGAUCCUCACUUAGCUUAUGAGUCCGAAAUUCCCCAAUGAAUUGAAUCCUUACCACCCGUGUAA